CUGACGAAAAAAAUACCAAGAUCUGAAAUUAGUUGUACUGGGUAUCUCGUCUAGUCAUUUGAGAUGGCAGAAGAUGGGAAGUUCCGAAUUGAGAAGUUCGAUGGUACAGAUUUCAGUUGGUGGAAGAUGCAAAUUGAGGAUUUGCUGGUUCAGAAAGAUUUGGAUGUGGUUUUGGGUGACAAGCCAGAAAAGAUGUCGGAUGCAGAUUGGGCAGGUUUGGAUCGGAAAGCAAUGUCCGUGAUCCGUCUCUCGUUGACCAAGAAUGUUGCGUUCAACAUUCUGAAGGAGAAGACAGCGAAGGGAAUUAUGGAAGCGCUGUGUAACAUGUACGAGAAGCCAUCUGCAGCGAAUAAAGUUUUUCUGAUAAGAGAGCUGGUGAACACAAAAAUGAAAGAAGGCACUUCAGUUACCGAGCAUAUCAACAAGUUGAAUUCGAUCUUAGCCAGACUUUUGUCAGUGGGCAUUAAGUUCGAUGAUGAAGUUCAAGCUUUGCUACUGCUAUCGUCUUUACCUGAUAGUUGGUCCGGAACGGUUACAGCAGUUACCGGUUCAGUGGGACCCGAUGGAUUCACCUUUGAUCAGAUUCGAGAUCUCGUUCUUGGUGAGAAUGUCAGAAGAAAGAGUUCAAGGGAGUCAUCUGGUGAAUUGCUUCAUGCUGGUAGAGGCAGAAGAUAUAGUAGAGGCUCUGCGAGUGACGAGGAGGUCGCUCUGACUCGCUGUGAAGAAAGCAAUGUGGAUUCCUGGGUCAUGGAUUCUAGUGCUUCAUUUCAUGCUACCCACAGCGGUGAAGCAUUGCAGAAUCUAGUUGUUGGGGACUUUGGAAAGGUACGACUAGCGGAUGACAGUGCUCUUGAUGUGACGGGCAUGGGUGACAUAGUGCUGAAGACCCCAGUCGGUUUCUGGACUUUGAAGGAUGUCAGAGUUGUUCCAGCCUUGAAGAAAAGUUUGAUUUCUGUCAGGCAGUUGGACGAACACGGACACGAGGUGAAGUUCAGAGAUGGGCAGUGGAAGGUCGUGAAGGGAAAUCUUGUCAUGGCCCGUGGAAGGAAGAGAGGUUCGUUGUAUAUGGUCGAGUUACCAUCUGAGGGAGUGACCGUCCCAGUUCAGAAGAAAAACGAAGUCCGGUUCACAGAGUCUUGUGGGCAGAAUAAGGUUGUCUAUGCAAGAGAGAAACCUAGAGCCACAGGUCAGACUCAGAAUGAACGAGCGUGGAAAGGUUCAAGGGGGCCAGUCAGAGGUAUUUGUGGCAGUGGGAGCUCAAGUGGCACUUCAGCCAAGUUGCCUAGAAGACAGUGGGUCAGGAGAACCAGUAUUCCAGCUGUUGGAACAUCUCCAGAAAAUUUCUUGCUGAGUACGAAGAUUGUUCUCAGGAUGUUCCAGGAUCUGGCAGUGUGCGUCUGCAGUGGGAGCCGGUAGGGACCGAGGACGAGUCAGGGGCAGAUUUUGCCGUGACUGAUGUGUUGG